AUGUUCAGAUUGCCCACCACUCCAGGCGAUGCCAAUUCCAUGAUUGUUUGUGUCUAUGAGGCUCCUGGAAAGAACUAUCUGCGUGAAGUUUUGGACUUUGGUCCGGCCUUCUACGGCCUCCAGGGUCGCGGUCUCAAUGUGGAUCGCGGCACGUCGGGCGAGAAAGUUCCCCUUCAGGCCUUUCUUGAUUUCGCAAUUGGAUCCUCGGAGGUGUUGGAAUUAUUGCACCAUGGUGCCAAGUUCGUUCAUGGUGAAAUUCGCGCUGAUACCUUCCACUGGAAUCGGGAGACAAAUGUGGUCAAGCUCAUGAAUGGUGGAAACGGUCCUCGUGCUUACGAAAAUCUGCUUUCGAGCGAAGGCUGGGCUACAAUGAGUCGCCAGCUAGGAGUCAAGAACAAGCUGCAAUUUAUCGCCCCAGAGCAGACAGGCAGACUACCGGCGGAGCCAGAUAGCAGAACCGACAUCUACAGUCUCGGUGUGCUAUUCUGGACACUACUGACCGGUCAACCCGCUUUCGAUGCAGACACACCCAUUGAUAUUGUUCAAAGGGUUCUAACUCAUCGCUUGUCAAUGGUGACUGCUAUUCGGAUGGAUGUUCCCGACGUCAUCUCUCAUAUCAUCACCAAAAUGACUCAGAAGCAGAUGGACGAACGUUACCAUUCAGUUAGCGGCUUGAAAUAUGAUCUCUUGCAGAUACAAAGGAUGUUAGGCGAGGGCGACCAAGAUAAGAUACGGCAGUAUAAGGUCGGCCUACGCGACGUCUCGUCAUUCUUCAUCCUGCCCUCCAAGCAGUUCGGUCGACACAAUGAGACCGAACGCAUAACGAAAAUCAUCGAAAAGGUCCAUAAACGCCAACGUUCCGCCAAUCGACAUUUGUCAACUCAGCAGCCUCUUCAUAGUGCAGCCUCCAAUUCCUCCAUCUCAGACAGUCGCGCGGACGGCCUCGACGAAAGGGAAGGCUCCGAGUCGUCUGGCUCCUUUGGCUACAGAGAGUCGCGAAGCAAUUCCACCACCAUCGGUCUUGAUGGAGCGGUAUUUAAUUCAAACUUCAGUACCAAAAGCGGUAUACUCUCCAAACGGGGCAGAGGCACGCCAUUGGAUGUCUUAUCAGAUCGUGAUAGCAAUUUGUCCGGCGGCUUGCAAGCUUCUCCUGAUACUCUUGGCAUGAUGACCAGGCGCAGAAAUAGCCAUAAAUACAAGCGCAAGAACAGGACAGAGGUUGUGACCAUUCUGGGUCCAUCAGGUGUUGGGAAGACAACUUUGCUCAAAGCUGUACAGCCGGCCAUUCGUCGUCAUGGGUACUUUGCCCUGGCUAGAUUUGACCGUGCACGCCCAUCGCCUUUCGAGCCCUUAAUCAAAGCUAUGGCAAGCCUCUUCCGACAAAUCUUCUCCGAGAAGGACGUGAAUACGCCAUACCAUGAGCAUCUUCGAGCACACGUCACUCCAUUCUGGCCGAUUCUGCACUCCAUGCUAGAUUUACCGGCCACUCUACUCGAUGUGACGGUAUUGUCGAAGAAGCUUCUCACCAAGACGGACACUGCAACCCAAAGCAUCAACACUGAGGUUCCCACCGUUGAUAGUGUAUCGAGGACGAAUUCAAUCUCACUUUCACACAACAGCUGGGAUGCCAAUGACUUUCUCAGAGGGCCAGCUAGUACCAAAUCUAUUCGAUUGAUCAAUACCUACAUGGACGUCCUUCGCACCAUUUGCACCGGUAAACUCAUCUGUCUGUGCUUGGAUGACUUGCAAGCUGCCGAUUCUGAAUCAAUCGAUUUGCUCUGUCAUGUCAUCAAGGCGAAGGUGCCGGUGGUUUUGUUGCUCUCUAGCAGAACUGAAAAUGGACAGGCUCACGAGCACACAACAAAAAUCUUAGACUUGGAUUCUCUCAACAAGAUAGAGCUCGGGAAUUUGCGCGAGAAACACGUUUUCGAUUAUGUGGCAACCACCAUGUCCCAGUCUGUGGAGACGAUUAUUCCUCUAGGAGCAGUUGUGUACGCCAAAUCUGAAGGAAACCCCUUCCUGGUCAAGGAUAUCCUUCAGACUUGCUACGAGCGGAACUGUCUUUGGUAUGACUGGAGAGCUUCGGGCUGGCAGUUUGAUCUAGACAAGGUUUUCGACGAGUUCAGCUCGCGCGGUUGUCUCGAAGUUGGUUAUCUGACUCGACGCCUGGAAGAGCUUCCACCGGCCUCAAGAUCGAUCUUGGCUUGGGCCUCGCUCAUUGGGACGACCUUCUCGUUCAAGCUAAUUUCGGCCAUUAUGGCAGGUGACUUCUUCUACAGUAGCGGAAGCGAUCAAACGAAUGAUGCAACUUGCCCGAAGCGUGUGAAACUUUUCAACCUAUCAGAAACAGAUAUCGUCAAUGGGCUACAGCAACUUGUCAACUUGUACAUAAUACAGCCCGGAGAGACCGACGAUGAGUUUCGAUUCACACAUGCUCGCUCCUUAAACGCCUCGAAUGAGUUGCGCGAAUGCCAGAAUGUGUCUAAGAUGCACUUCAUCAUUGCUCAGACAAUGAUGACUUAUCUGAGUCAGUGCAAGUUCAAUUUGUAUCCUCUCGCAAGACAUAUCUGUCUGGCAUCGGAUAUUGUGAAAGAGAGAUGUCCCACAAGGAUACGGCAUCGAGAUGUUCUCUGGCGAGGGGCUCAGAAAGCAAAUGAACAAGGUGCCAAAGAAACAGCACUCUCCUAUUAUCAGACCGCAGUGCACUUACUCCAGGAUGAUAAAUGGAACACCGACAACCCGGAUGUCUUUUAUGACGAAACACUACAACUUCACGUUAACUGCGCAGAAGUCAUGUAUCAACAGGGUCAAGGGGAUGAGGCUUUGAAGCUUUUGGAGGAAACCUUCGACCAUGCGCGUUGUUCAGCAGAUAAAACCAGGUCCUACAUCUUGAAGGGCAGAAUUCUGGCUUUCCAGGGUAAAUUCCUCGAUGCAUUUCAGUCUCAGAGGGACUGUCUGGCAGAGCUUGGUCAUCCUAUGCCAGACAUGACCUGGGAUGAGUGCGACAUUGAGUUCAAGAAAUUGGAAUUCCGCCUCCGUGAGAUUAAUAAGGAAGAACUUGUUGCACGGCCGCUUAGUGAAGACAAGACAACAAUUGCCCUGGGCACUGUCUUGAGCGAAGCUUUGGGCGCUUUGUACUGGUCGAAUGCCCAGCUCUGGUACCAAUGGGUCAUUGGUAAUGUCAACGCUAUCCUAAAUUGUGGGAAUUUCGUCCAAGCAGGUCUGGGUUUCACGAUGCUCGGAGCUGCGGCCAUUGGUCGUUUCAAAGACAUUGAGCUUGGACUCGCCUAUGGUGAGAUUGCACAGGAUUUCUUCACGCUCUAUGACGACUCGUGGACUCGUGGACGGGGCUGGACACUGUUCACAUUAUUCAUUGGUCAUUUUCAAACCCCAGUCCGGAACCUGCUACCCAUCCUUGACAACGCCUUGGAAUAUUCCCUUUCCUCAGGCGACAAAUUCGUUAGCAUUCUCAACAUCGGGUCAAUGGCGCUGUCCAGAUUCUGGGCUGGACAAGACCUUGCAGAAGUUGAAGCAUUCUGUAAUUACGGCCCUGAAGAAUUUGAGGACUGGCUCAAUGACCGUCGCGGCGGUACCCUCCUUAUUGCCACGAGACAAGUUGCUCGAGCUUUGCAAGGGAAGACCAUUGCACAAGACGCCAACACACUUCUCGAUGACCACGAAUUCAACACAGCGACAUGGAUGUCCGAGUGUCACAGGUAUGCCGCCAAUGCCGAGCGUCCCAAAGAUAUAUGGCACGCCCUCUCUCUUACAGCGUAUUAUCUGAUGGGCUACCCAGAGUACGUGGUUGAGAAGGGGCGGCACCUUGUCGCGGGCUCUCUAGAUGACCUUUGGUCUAACAGACCUGGAUGUGGUGCUCGCUUCUACCUAGGCAUGGCACUUGUGGCUGUUGCAAAGGAAAAGCCUGAAGAAGAGCGUACCCCUUAUGUCGAAGACGCAAGAACCAUGAAGAGGUUCAUCGACGAAUGGGGUAAGGUGAACGAUGUAAACUAUCUAGCCUGGUCUCAUAUACUUGAGGCUGCCAUUUCUGAUGUCACGAAUGUAUACUACGGUGUGGUUUCCAAUCUGGAAAUCGCGAUCGAUCAUUGUCAGAUCCAUGGGUUUGCCCUUGAAGAGGCUUUAGCAGUCGAGCUUCAGGCUGAAUUCCUCCUCGCUCGUGGUGCCAAAAGAGCUGGAAAAGUCAUGGUUCAAGAAGCAAUCGCCGCAUGGAAUAGAAUUAAUGCUGGCGGCAAAGCUAGACAAUUGGCAGAGAAACAUGAGUGGUUGAUCAAGACGGCAACCACCUCGAGGACGAUGGAUGCCACAACCCAGACUCAAGAUUUACAUGCGCUAACGGCAAGUGAAGAAGAGGCGCAAAUCCAAAACAAACGCGAUUACACCAAUGCCUGGGUUCAGCCAAAAGCUGCGGUUCAAGUACAACUACCACAGGACGUACCAGGCAUGGGGCUUGACAUCCUCGAUCUUACAUCGAUUCUGGAAUUUUCACGCGUCAUCAGUUCGGAACUCCAGAUCAAUAAUUUGCUGUCAAAGAUGAUCUCGGUCAUUCUUGAAUCAGUUGGCGGGCAAGCGGAAUUUUGUGCUAUUGUCAUCGAUUCGGAAGACCAGGGGUGGUGUGUGGCUGCAAGUGCAGAUCAUGAAACUGGCGUCAAGACCUACCCAGAUGGUAUUCCGUUCUCCGAGGUCGACGAUCAAGCUGCGCAGCAGAUCACACAUUACCUUCUCCGGACCAAAGAGACUGUUUUUGUGCAAAAUGUCUUAGAGGAUGACCGGUUCUCCAAUGUCGGCGAUGCCUAUCUGGCCAGGAAUCCAGCAGGCCGUUCUAUUAUUGCUAUUCCCAUUAUUCAAGCUGAUCACUUGAUGGGAGUCAUCCAUUUAGAGGGACGACCGAAUUGCUUCACGCAGCGCAAUAUGAUUGUCCUUAACCUUCUCACCAACCAAGUUGCCAUUUCUCUGGGUAAUGCACUUUUGUACAGGAAGGUUCGCAAGGUGAGCGCAUCGAACGCAAGUAUGAUUGAAUCACAAAAACGUGCUCUUGCUGCUGCCCGUGAGGCAGAAGCAAAGGCGAAGAAGGCCGAGGCAGAAGCUAUGCAUAAUGUCAAAUUGAAGGAAGAAGCAGCGAGAGCGAAAUCAAUCUUCCUCGCCAACGUCAGUCACGAACUUCGAACUCCGUUGAACGGUGUCAUUGGCAUGUCAGAGCUUCUCAAGGGCACUCCUCUCAGCAAAGAUCAGGAACAAUAUGCAGACAGCAUCCGAGUGUGUGCCGACACCUUAUUGACAGUUAUCAAUGAUAUUCUCGACUUCUCCAAGCUAGAAGCUGGCAAGAUGCAAAUGUUUACGGUACCUCUCAGCCUAAAGGAAACCAUUACCGAGGUUGUCCGUGCAUUGGCAUACACCAAUCAAGAACACGGUCUUCAAACUAUCGAAGAUCUUGCUAUUGAGGACAGUCUCGUCCUUGGUGAUCCAGUACGGCUUCAUCAGAUUUUCAUGAACUUAUUGAGCAACGCCUACAAGUUUACACCCAAGGGCUCUGUAACGGUCCGGGCAAGGAAAAACGCCGAAACUAGGGACAAGGUCAAAAUCACUUGCUCUGUGUGUGAUACAGGCAUUGGUAUAACACAAGAGCAGCUGUCUAGGUUGUUUCAACCCUUCUCCCAGGCGGAUUCGUCUACGGCUCGUUCGUAUGGAGGAAGCGGUCUUGGUCUCAGCAUUUGCAAAGCAAUGAUUGAGAACGUUCUUGGUGGCAAGAUUUGGAUAGAGUCCACACCUGGAGUGGGAACAACUGUUUCGUUUAUACUCACGUUCCAGAAAGCACCCAAGAAUAGCAGCAAGUACGAGGAUAUGAAGAUUGUUGCCAAAGACCCAGAUCCAAUGGCGAAUUGGUCUCAGGCGGCGAGCCCCGAAACCGAACCGAAGAACUUUAGCUUCUGCGAUCUGAGCAAAAUUCCCAAAGAGGAGUUACGAGUGUGCAUUGCCGAAGACAAUCAUAUCAAUCGGAAGAUUGCCAUCUCGUUUGUCAAUAGGAUUGGGCUCAAGUGUGAAGCUUAUGAAGAUGGACAGCAAGCUUAUGAUGCACUUCGAGCCAAAAGCAAGGAAGGCAAACCAUUCCAUCUUGUUCUGAUGGAUGUUCAGAUGCCUGUGCUCGACGGGUACGAGGCGACCAAGGCUAUCAGAGCGGAUCCUGAUCCCAAUGUAAGUAAGGUUUUGGUCAUUGCCAUGACAGCUUCAGCAAUCCGGGGAGAUAGGGAGAAAUGUCUUGAAGCAGGGAUGAAUGAUUACUUGGCCAAACCAGUACGCCAAAAUGUGCUCAAAGCCAUGUUGGAUGAGUAUUUGAACAACACCAAGGAAGCUAUCCGGACGGCCGAGAAAGGUGUUGAGACUGUCACAACUCCAGGUGACAAAGCUAACGGGUUGUCGGAGAAAAAGGUUCACAGUCCAACGGAACAGCAGGCAAACGGGGCUGCAUUGCCCAAACCUGAAGAAAAGCCAAAAGUGAGGCGCCCAUUUAAAAGGGUGAUGAAAAGAGUCGAUUCGAAUCCAACAGAAACAAGCCAAAGGCUAGGGCGGACAAGUAGUCCGCCUAGUGGAAAGCGGGAGAUAGACGAACUAGGAAAGAUCAGCAUGGAGCAUGUGUCCCCGAAACCAACGGACGAUGCGGGGUUACCUGUCAUGAAUGGUCAUGUCAAUGGUCAUGCGAAGGGAGUGGUGCAAACACCUGAUGAAAGUAAAGUCGAAGGUCUACCUAAAGCUCAUGCUCAAGCGCAAGCAAAUGGGGACAAGACAAGUGGUGAUUGA